AUGUCAUCACUGGGCAAGUUAUUCCAGCACAGUGGGUACAAUGUGUUGAGUAUGUUUUAUAACAAACUUGGUGGUGACACGCAGAACCCUGCAGUUUUUGUUCCUGGGGCGCCACUCUUUCUCUUAGGAAUUGAGUACAAAACAACACCUCUAAAAAAACAAGCCCAAGAGUUACCACAAUCGUCGUUACUUCAAUAUAGUUCGAUGGCUGCUUAUGUUCGCAUGAGCAAUUUAUUAUGGAUGACUUAUCGUUCUGGAUAUGAGAAAUUACCGAAUUCGUCAUUAAAUACCGAUGUUGGGUGGGGGUGUACUAUUCGAGCCGUUCAAAUGAUGAUAUCCAACGCGAUGCAAACGUUAGUGUACAAACAUGAUUUGACGUCGUCCACUACGCCAUACAUCCCAAAACAAAAUGAAAUUUUGAACGUCGUCAUCCCUUUUGUGGACUUCUUCGAACAAACAACUCCACUUUCUAUUCAUCACGUCUACGAAUCAAGAUUCGUCGUCGAACAAAACAAGUCUGGAGUCAAUUACUUAGCACCAACUAUUGUUGCUAAAGCUUAUUCCGAUUUGGUGAACUCCUGGAAGAUGUGUGCUCUCCGCUGUGUAAUGGCUUCUAACACUUCAAUUCCUCUGUGCGAUAUUAAAAAAGAACCGUUCAAACCUACUUUAGUCUUUUUACCUAUUAUAAUGGAUCAACUCGUGAAGAGUAGACUCCAACAGAUCUACAAAUUCAAUAUGUUCGCAGGAAUAGUCAGUGGAAUAGGCGACAGAGCUGUCUAUAUCUUCGGUUUCCACGUCAUGAGAUGUCUCUUCUUAGAUCCACACACAGUACAACCAGCUGCAGAAUCUUUCACUAAAAUCGAUUUGAAAAGUUACGCCCCUAUCAAUCCCACACUCAAUCGGUUCGCUAUUCACUCAAUUGAACUCGAUAAGAUCGACCAAUUCUGUACCUUCGGCUUUUUAAUAAAAUCACUCGAAGAGGUCGACGCUUUUGAAAAAUUCUGUACGGAGACGUUCGACAUUUCUCAUGAAAAGGAAUUAAGAACAAGCAUCAGCGAAGUUGGCGGAUUCGAAGUGUUGGACUUCUAA